GAAGGAUACUACAACAACUCAGAUUUCCGACGCAUGUGGCAGGGCCUCCAACACAUCACUGAUUUCCAGUAGAGGAGCAGCAGGGUCACGGUCAGCUGCAACACGCUACCAGAUGAGCUAAAUGAGUUCACUGAGUUCACUAACGACACAACCAUCGUCAGGCCGAUUACUAGUGGAGAGGAGACUGCCUACAGGGAGGAGGUGGCUCAGCUGGUGUCCUAGUGUCUGGAAAAUAACCUCUCCUUAAAUGCUGAAAGGACUAAGGAGAUGAAUACUGACCCAAGAAUGAGGAGAGACAAGCAAGCCCCACGAUGAAUCAACGGGACUCAGGUGGAGAGGGUGAAGACCACAAGUGAGGAUCUCACCUGGACCCAUAACACACAGCAGAUGAUUAAGAAGGCUCAACAAUGACUCUUCUUCCUAAGGAAGCUCAGAAAAUUUGGAUUAACCUCCAAAAUUCUUAGCAACUUUUACAGAUUCACAGUGGAGAGUAUCCUGACAAACUCCAUCACAGUCCGGUACAGGAACAGCACCACUCAGGACAGGAGGGCUCUCCAGUGUGUCAUCAAAAUGGCACAACUCAUCUGUGGAGUACCCCUCCCACCACUACAGGACAUUUACAGCACUCCGGUCAGAAAAAGAGCACACAAUAUCAUCAAGGAUGACACCCACCCACAGCGUCUGACACUCCUACCAUGUGUCAGACGCUACAGGAGUGUGAAAGCAAGGACAACCAGACUAAAAACAGCUUCUAUCCACAGGCCAUCAGGCUAUUGUCAAACUGCAAAAAAUGUCUCCCAGUCCCUCUCUGCUCACCCAGGCACUUAAGCCUUCUGAGGAGGUUCAGGUGACUGCGGUGGAUGUUGAUGCCACGAUGGAAAAAUUCAGCAUCAUCCUCUACACACUGACCAUUGUACUCGGCAUCACAGGGAACUCUGUGGUGAUCUUUGUGGCUGGAUUCAAAUUUAAGCUGACAGUCACAAAUGUGUGGCUGGUGAAUUUGGCGAUAGCAGACCUGAUCUUCUGCUUCACACAGGUUUUCUUCCUCACUCGGAUGCUCUUCUUCGACCACUGGCCUUUUGGCCUCUUCCUCUGCAAGUUCUAUGGCUUCUUCAAAUAUGCCAACAUGUUCUGCUCUGUCUUCCUGCUGGCUGUGAUCAGUCUGGAUCGAGUGCUCUGCAUCUGGCAGCCCGUCCUCACAAAGCGUCGACGGACCCUGUGGGUAGCGAGGAUGGUGGCAGUCUGCGUCUGGAUCGCAGCGAUCCUUCUCAGCAUUCCCUACUUCAUUCAUUGCCAAAUGUACGUGGACAACAACAACCUGAGUCAGUGUUCUGUGGACCCAAAAGAGAAGGCCGAGGAGUACAACAGCACUAAAGUUUCUCUCUACUCCAUACGCUUCCUUUGCGUCUUCAUAUUUCCCUUUGUGGUCAUUCUGGUCUGUUACAUCCUGGCUGGGGUGGGAAUCCGACGCACCCGCCUGUCAGGGAAGUCCCGCCCCCUGCGUAUACUAGCAUGUUUGGUCAUUGCCUUUUUCCUGUGCUGGGCACCUUACCACUGCCUCCUACUGGUGAAGAUGGUGGACAAUAAUAAUGCAGUGGUGAAAAUCUGGUACCCUGUAGCAAAAGGAAUUGUCUACUUUCACAGCUGUGUGAACCCGCUGUUGUACUUUUGUAUGGGUCUAAAAGUGAGUGAGGGGUUUAGACAGAGUGUGACAAGAGUUUAUGGAAGAGCUUUGGCAGAUGAAAUGGAGGGCCAGACUACUCAGUCCACUGAUCGCUCUUUGGAUUUAAGCUGCAAGUAAGCCAGUGGUCCUCAGAAAAUACAUUUCAGUAUUUGAUAGUAUUUAUUCAAGCUCAACAAAACAGGCAUGUGAGCUUCCACUUAACUUUCCUUAGUUGUGCUUUUUGUUAGUCAAGGGUGAAAUUAAUACAUUCUGACAUCCCUACAGCAAAUUAAAAUGUAUUUUGUCAUGCUAUAUUACAAAUAGUACAUAGUAUAUAUAGUAUUCACUACUCAAAAAUUAAACUUUAAUUAUAGCAUAGCAUCAGCUCAGUUUGGGGAUAUUGAUCCAUCCAGUUAAGUAGCAGAGGUGGUUGUUAAUCAGCUUCAGCUGCUUUGGUGGUAAUAAAAUUAACAGCAGGUGCACUACAGGGGCAUCAAUUAGACAACUUCCAAAACAGGAAUGAUUUUACAGGAGGGGGCCACUGACAUUUUUCGCUUCUUAAUCUUUUUCUGACAGUUUUUUACUAGUUUUGUACUCGGCUAGGGUAUUUGUCACUAACUGUAGCACAAGGUGAUACCAGAAUUGGUGGGUCCACCACUGGCUCCCUGUGCUUUUCACAGAAGACAGCAGGUUCACACUGAGCACAUAUGACAGACAUGAAAGGUUGGAGAAGCUGUGGAGAACAUUCUGCUACCUGCAACAUCACUCAGUAUGACUGGUUUGGUGGUGGGUCAGUGAUGGUUUGGGGAGAAAUAUCCAUGGAGGGAUGCACAGAACUCGACAGGCUACGCAGCAACACCCUGACUGUCAUUGGGUAUCCAUGGGCCCUUUGUCAGACCCUACACUGAUGCAGUGGGUCCUGGAUUCCUCUCAGUGAACAAUGCCCGGUCUCAUGAAGCAAGAGCAUGCAGGGAGUUCCCAGAGAAUGAAGGAAUUGAUACCAUUGAGAUGUUUUGAAAGUGUUCCUUUAAAUAUUUUGAGAGCGUAUAUGUCAUGAUAGUCUA